GUAUAAAUUCAAGUCAGCUAGCAUGAUUGAACUAUCCAUUUCCUAUAGAGAAGUACAAAGAUAAAGCAUGUAUUGUUAUUGAGCUUGGUUCAAGCCAAUCCUAUACAUAUUGAUUCUUACUUUCAUGCAUUCUCAACCCUCAACAAAGCUUUGACAGGAAAAGAGAACUUAGAAGAGAUCAGAAGGGUGGUGGAAUUUGAAGCAAAAUAACAGCAAGCGUUGCAGCUUAUAACUAUAGCUGGAAAAGUUGUUUACAGGUAGAGUGUAAUUGGAAACCAAAUGGAAAACGGAGAUAUCAUCCAGUCUCCAAGCCCGCUAAGGAAGAUUGUGACAGUUGCAUCCAUUGCCGCCGGCAUCCAGUUCGGAUGGGCUCUGCAGCUGUCCCUUCUAACACCAUACGUCCAAACCCUUGGCGUCCCUCACACCUGGGCUGCUUUCAUUUGGCUUUGUGGCCCCAUUUCUGGCCUUCUUGUUCAACCCAUUGUAGGCUACAACAGUGACCGUUGCAUCUCUCGUUUUGGUCGCCGCAGACCUUUUAUUGCUGCUGGAGCUACCUUUGUCUCUAUUGCUGUCUUCCUUAUCGGUUUCGCCAAAGAUAUUGGUCACCAUGCUGGUGAUUCCUUGGAGAAAUCCACUAAACCAAGAGCGGUUGCCAUCUUUGUUGUUGGGUUUUGGAUUCUUGAUGUGGCUAACAACAUGUUACAAGGUCCAUGUCGUGCUCUUCUUGCAGACCUCUCAGCCAAUGACCAUAAAAAGAUGAGAACUGCAAAUGGUUGGUUCUCGUUUUUCAUGGCUGUUGGGAACGUCUUGGGUUAUGCAGCUGGUUCUUACUCACAUCUUUACAAGAUCUUCCCCUUCACAAGAACUAAAGCCUGUGAUGUUUACUGUGCAAACCUCAAGUCUUGCUUCACCAUUGACAUUAUGAUCCUCUUGUUAGUGACUGUAACCGCGAUUACGACAGUGAAGGAGGAUCCCUUAACCAAGCAAGUCCAAGAGGAAGAAACCAAAGCACCGGCUCCUUUCAUUGGGGAGAUUGUGACAGCUUUCAAGACUUUGAAGAAGCCAAUGUGGAUCUUGCUUCUUGUCACUUGCCUCAACUGGAUAGCUUGGUUUCCAUUCUUGUUGUUUGACACUGAUUGGAUGGGGACAGAGGUUUAUGGAGGCAAGGUAAAGGGAAAUGCACAUGAAGUUAAGAUUUACGGAGAUGGAGUGCGAGCAGGAGCAUUGGGGUUGAUGAUUAACUCUAUUAUCUUGGGGUUAACUUCACUUGUGCUGGAACCCGUGGGCCGCUUGAUUGGUGGUGUCAAAAACUUGUGGGGUAUUGUGAACUUCAUAUUGUGCGCAUGCCUGGCAUCGACGGUUUUGAUUACCAAGAUAGCUGAGGCUUGGAGAAAACACAAUGGGCCCGAUCUCGUCCACCCUCCACUAAACAUCAAAGGCUAUGCUUUGGCUGCGUUUGGACUCUUGGGUGUUCCACUCGCGGUAACAUACAGCAUUCCAUUCGCUUUGGCAUCCAUCUAUUGCUCUAAUGCAGGUGGUGGUCAAGGUCUCUCUCUAGGAGUGCUCAACAUGUCGAUAGUUAUCCCACAGAUGUUUGUAUCGGUAGUCAGCGGACCACUGGAUGCAGCAUUUGGGGGCGGCAAUUUGCCCGCCUUUGUGUUGGGCUCCAUUGCGGCUGCUGUCAGUGCGUUCUUGGCAAUGUUGGCACUGCCAAACCCACCUAAACAAAUAUCUCUUUCACCAGGAAUGGCUGGUGGCCACUAAUAAAUCAAGCAGCCGUCUCAAACUCUGCCUCCGCCACCAUUUUUAGUUUAAUUUGUUUUAUGUAGUUUUUAUGUAUUAAUAUUUGCUUUGAUGCAAUGCAGUCAUGUCCCAUCCCAUGCCUUCCUAUGUAUUUGUAAGAGUUUAUAUAUAUAGGGAAUUGCAGGGAAAUCCUUUUAUUUCUAUAAUCUAAGCUAUGUUUUUAUGUAUCAGAACUUAGAACAUUGAACAGAUAUAAAUAUAUAUAUAUAUAUAUAUUCAUCUGUCUACUUUAA